AGGCUUUGCUACAGUGCUGAGAACCCUAUUGCAGAUGCAUCAAAGCUUUACUGGAUGUUUUUCAGAACUGAGCAAUCGGGACUCUGGGGGAUAUUUAUCACAUUGUUGGUCUACAUAAUGAUAUUCAUAAUUUCCUUUUCUGUGCUUUAUCUUUAUUUUCUCAGGUAUUUAUUAUUUGGGAGAGGGUAUUGUUCAGAUCUAUGCCAUCAUAGGUUGAUUUUAGAUUCUUAUGUACACCACAAAUGCACAAUGAUUUAUACUAUGACAAUAGAUGUUCGUAAGGGUAUAGACUGGGUUAUACAAUAGGUAUUAAUAUAAUAAGGGGCAUAACACGAUCCUGUGGGUCUAUAUUAAUCAAAAAUGUAUUAGAACCCACACUGCUGUUGAUAAUCUCUCUUCCCUUUGUAUAAAUGGGAUAUCUCUGCAUCACCAUUUUAAUGUCCCAAACCCGCUAAUCUUUUAUUAGCCCCCAUCACCCAUGGGUGGGUGGAUCUUAGCAAGUUCCCUUCAUGGUUUUUUUUUGUAGAGCUCCCACCCUGCUGGCCAUGGGUGGGGAUAUGGGGAGACCUGUACCAGGUGUACCGGUUGUGUUUACAGACCCAUAGUACUUUAUAGACCCUAUCCCCAUGUGAUAUGGCCUUUCCUACUAACUGGGCAGCAACAGUCGCCUAGUUCCUCAUUUUUAAUUACAAUGAACAGUCACUGGCUGCGUGGAGGUAAGCAUACCUCCACCCUCAACACAACAGGUUGGGGAAUAAGGGCGGUUUUACACCACCCUUAUAUUAAUAUGGGGGUCAUAUUGACCCCCAUUGGCUUUUUAAUGUUUUUUAAACAUUUUAAUGUUGCUGCUGGGAGGUAUAAAACUACAAAUCACAAAACAAACAAAAUAGCUUUCCAUUGCCCAUUUCUAUUAUCUUGUGAUAUAUCCAUAUGGCAUUUCAGAGUUCAGAUGAUUCACUGGUCACCCAAAAUUGUAAAUCAAAUGCACAAGUUUACCACACACUUUUUUUUCUCUAAGCUACAUUUAAACCCUCUCAAACUGUAAAACUCCCAGUAUCUAAAAUACUUGUUCUGGAAAAAGUUUUGUUUGCUUUUGCCAAACUGGCAUAUUGCUUUCCUUUCUCUUAACUUGUACCCUUCUUAUCUCAUUUGAAAUGUGUAAUGUGGGACUUUUCAGAUAAUUCAUUUAAUAUGAGCUAUGUCAAUUCCAUUUCAAUUUUUUAUUUAAAGGGACACUAUAGUCACCAGAACAACUACAGCUUAUUGAAUUUGUUCUGGUGAGUAGAAUCGUUACCUUCAGGCUUUUUGCUGUAAACACUGUCUUUUCAGAGAAAAAGCAGUGUUUACAUUACAGCCUAGUGAUAACUUCACAGGCCACUCCUUAGAUGGCUGUUAGAGAUCCUUCCUAGGUCAUGGCUGCCUAAAAUGCAACCACACAUUCAGUGUCUCCUCCCUCUGCAUGCAGACACUGAACUUUCCUCAUAGAGAUUAAUUGAUUCAAUUCAUCUCUAUGGGGAGAUGCUGAUUGGCCAGGGCUGUGUUUGAAUCAUGCUGGCUCUGCCCCUGAUCUGCCUCUUUGUCAGUCUCAGCCAAUCCUAUGGGAAAGCAUUGUGAUUUGAUCAGGCUACCACUUCUGAUGAUGUCAGCACACAGCUUGUUUUUCUGAGGCAAACAGCAUGCAGAGUUACAGCUUCAGUCUUGAAUACAGUAAGAUUUUGCUAUAUUUAUGGAGUUAUGAGGGAACCAGGGGGCUAGAAGGUGGUUUUAACACUAUAGGGUCAGGAAUACAUGAUUGUGUUCCUGACCCUAUAGUGAUCAUUUAAUGUCUUUAACCGCUAAAGGGUAUUUUUUCACACCUGUGGCAGGACUGUAUUUUUUCUUGUUGUAUUUAAAUUUUCAUUGGGUUUCCUUCUCUCCUUAUUUAAUGAUCACAUAAUUCAAGAUGGUACUAUUUUGACAUAUUCUUAUUUAUCAUUUACAAUCAAAGAUUGUAGAAGAUUUUUUUCUUUUUCUAAAAAGUAUGGUUAUAGUUGAUUCCUUAACCUUUUUUGCUAUGUUUUUGCAAUGGAGUGUACCACAGCACAGAAUGGGCUGAACGUACACCAUAACAGUAUUCAAGUAGAAUACUCAACUUUGUUUGUCAAGAUAAAUGUAUAAUACAUUUAUAAACAAAUUUGUAUAUGGAAUCUGUCUACAGCAUAAAUGUGAACUUUACAAAAAUCCACUUUUUGAUAUUUCUAUGUGGACCUAAAACAUAAAAUGGUGGGCACAAAAUGGUGGUUAAUACUAUAGAAGGGUAAUGUGGAAAGCAGAUAUCAAACACGUGCUUGGUGGGGAAAGAGGUGAAGAAAUUUGUCUAUAAUAUAUAGUCGCCAACAUUUACUAGCUGUUGGUAUUGAUGCUUAAAGGAUCACUUCAUACCCCUAAAGCACUUCAGCUUGGUGGAGCGCUCUAUGAGUGAAGAGUGUGUCCUCUUUUCUCAUUUUUAUAAACAAAUCUUGUAAGACCCCCUUGCUGUCAAUCAGACACUGGUCCUGUUACUUCUUGGUUGUUUAGCUUAGUGGAGCUAAACUCAAGAGGCAGCAAUAGCUCAGAACAGUUAUUGCAGUUGGUGAUUGGACAGCAACAGAAAGCCUGUGCUUGGAAAGAAGGGAAGGGCUUGCAAAGCCUUCAGAGAAGAGAUCUGGAGCUUUUGCAAGCUGCUUUUAAAUAUACCCGUAAGAAAAAAAUGCAUAAUUAACGGCAUGCAUGUUUUCCUUGAGGGUACAUUUACUAAACUGUGAUAUUUUAUUAUUUUUAUAAUUUUAUAAUAUGUAGAGUGUCCCUUUAGUGGCUGUUUUUUUUUAAUGAUAAGCAUGGAAACAAGCCCUAAGUAUACAUACCUUGCUAACAAUGAAGUGGUUAACCAGAGGAGCAGCUGAUAUAUACUGCAGAUAUUUCUAUUAUCUAAUUCAGUGGAAACCUGAAAGGAUUAAAGACUUAGCUGAACUCUAGUAUAACCCUGCUGGGUGUACAACACAUGAGCCUGACAUUUCACUUAUACUUUUAUAGUUCUUCUGGAACUGAUACUUUGAAAAUAAAAUGCAGCAGUUACAAAAUUGGAGUGUUUCACAAAUAUGUUCCUCACUAGUACUGAAAAUAAUCAUGGCUGGCUCAAUCACAUUUUAGUUUAUAUUAAAUAAAAAUAGAUGGCAUAUGUGACGUAUAAAUGUAUAUGAAUUACAGAUUGCAUAAAGAAAGCUGGGUAUUAGACAUGUUCCAACGCAUUAGCUGUCAUGAAGAAUUAUUUAAUAUUCCAUAUGAUCUGGAAAUAUCAAAUCAAGAACUGAGUCAUAUCGUGCGAAAGUCUGAACAGUGGAGAGGAAUCAAUGGAGAGCGAAGAAAG